AUGGCUACAAUGCAGGACAAAGAUGUCAUGCUCACACACGGCCAUGAUGUCGAGAGAAGCAGCUUGGAAAAGGGCGGAAAGAGGAGGAGCAGUCUUCCUGCUGCCUUCGGGAACGAUACCAAUGCUAUCGAAGGACAGCUUUUCUCCAUGAAUGAUCUCGAUCCAGCUCUUGAUGCCAAAAUGCGACUGGUCAACAAUGCUAUCAACCAGAUCGGCUGGACCAAUUUUCAUACAAAGCUGUUCUGCCUGAAUGGAUUUGGCUAUAUGGCUGACUCUUUGAUUCUUGUGAUCCAGUCAGUCAUCGCUGGUCAGGCUGGAGCAGAGUUUCAGCCAUCGUUCGCCAACGGAUUGACCUUCGCCUCUUAUGCGGGUAUGUUAGUGGGCGCACUAUUUUGGGGUGGCAGUGCCGAUAUCAUCGGUCGAAAAUUCGCUUUCAAUGUGUCGCUUUUCCUGAGUGCUAUCUUCGCUAUCAUUGCUGGUGCUUCGCCAAAUUGGAUCGUUUUAGGCCUUUUCGUCUCCAUAGCUGCAUUUGGCGCAGGCGGUAACUUGGUCUUGGACACUACAGUAUUCCUCGAAUAUCUUCCAGCCAACAAGCAGUAUCUGGUCACCACUCUCGCAGCAUGGUGGGGACUUGCGCCUUUGUUUCCAGCCGCCUUUGCAUGGCCUCUAUUCUCGGACAGCAGAUUUGCAUGCAACAUCGAUGAACCGUCUACGUGCACGCGCGCCAACAAUCAGGGAUGGCGAUAUAUCUGGUAUGGAUGUGGCGGUCUCAUCCUCCUCAUGAGUAUUGCGCGUAUCACCGUCAUCCGACUGAAGGAGACUCCAAAAUUCUUACUUGGACAGGGUAAGGACGCAGAGGUAGUCGAGAACUUGCAAGGUAUCGCGAAGAGAUAUAACAGGCAGUGCGAUCUCACCCUCGAACAGCUCGCAGCUUGUGGUACCGUCACAUCUGCACACAGAUCUGGCGUCCAAGAAUUCAUGAUCCACUUGCGCGGACUGUUCGCUACAAGGAAGCUUGGAAUUUCAACCUCACUUAUUUGGUUUUCCUGGACGCUGAUCGGUCUGGCCUAUCCCCUAUUCUACGUCUUCUUGCCACAGUACUUGAGAGCUCGCGGGGCCAAUACAGGGGCAGGUUCACCAAACGAGGUUGGAUGUGCACGACACGACUUGGUCGAAGGCGAGUUUGCAUCUUCCGCUUCCUUACAAUCAAAAGCUAACUCUCUCAAAAGAUACACAAUGGUCGUCGGUGCUCUCGUAACCAUGGUCUUCUUCUUCGCGUACACCGCUGUCCGUACCCAUGCGGCCAACCUCGGCUUCACCUGCGCCAUCUACUUCACAGUCAACGUCUAUUACGGAACACUCUACGCCUACUCGCCGGAAGUUUUACCUUCAGCUCAUCGAGGCACCGGCAACGGUAUUGCUAUUGCUUGCAACCGCGUGAUGGGUCUGGUUUCGGCAGCGGUUGCUACGAGCGCGAACACGGCUACGUCCGCGCCUAUCUACAUCUGUGCUGUGCUCUACAUUGUCAUGGCCAUCGUCGCGGUACUCAUGCCGUUCGAGCCAUAUGGUAAGAACUCGAUGUAG